AUGUCCCCGGGAGAGCACAUCGAGCUCAAGGACCUGGCCCUAGAGGGGCGGAUCGAACUGGCCGCACCCCCAGGGACGCCGGGACAGGAUCGGGACCCGGGGAAGGUGCGCGGGGUGCGACUGCAGGGGGGUCGCGUCAGCGUGGACGGUGCCGGGGAAGGACACGACUUCCAGCCCUGCAGCCGUGCGCAGCCCACUUGGUGUGACCUGUGCGGAGAGUUCAUCUGGGGCGUCUACAAGCAGAGCCUCCGAUGCACAUACUGCAGAUUGACAUGCCACCGCCGCUGCCACGUCUUCGUCAGAUUGGACUGCAGCGUCCGCCGCAGCCAGCUGGGCCCCUGGGAGGACGUCGUCGAGGCCGACACCAACGUGGAUGAGCUGGUUGAUUGGAGAACCCAGGAGAUGUCAUUCGCUCAAGUCCAUCAGAAGGUGAAGGAGUACAACGCUCAGGUCUGCAGUGACCUGCACAUGGUCCUGAAUCCAGACGGCUCCUUCACCGGGUUCAUCGAGGUCCGGAUCAAGCUGGUGCGGCCCGUAUGCAUCCUGUUUGCCCACAGAGCUCCGGCGACGGGGCUGCGGUGCCGCACCUCCCUCCACCUGCCCCGGGACAUGGGCAAGCAGCUGCACGUCAGCUCGUCCACGCGCGCCCACGACAUCGUCCAGGCGCUGCUCAGCAACGUGGGUGUGCUCGACGACCCCGGGACCUUCGCUCUCUUUGAGCGCAGCGAACGCGACGGCCAGGUGCACCUGAGGAGGUUGGCAGACACAGAGCGCCCCCUGCUGCUGCGCUUGUGCGUCGGGCCCAGUGAGACGGACAUGAGCCUCGUGCUGAAGGAGAAGAGCGACGUCAAUUGGGAAGCGUUCAGCGAGCCGGAGCUGCACAACUUCCUGCGCAUGCUGCAACGAGAGGAAGAGGAGCAUGUGAAACGAGUAGCGGAGCGCUACGCCCGCGUCCGGGACCGCCUGCAGGGAGCGCUGGCGCAGAGCACCAAAACCUGAGGCAUCCUGUCCGUCAGAUGGCACUGUUCCUCGUCGUUGAGAGCGGAUGUGCUUAGACACUUCGAUCUCCGAGCCGGCGGGGGAUCGGGUCAGGGGGGUUGCCCCCCGUUCUUCCCAUCCGACACAUGUGAUUGACAUGCGUGGUCAUCUUUUCAGGAGGGUCCAGGCACCCCUGUGCGUGUCAGCAGGAUGAGGUUGGCAUGAGUUACCAUGGAAACACAUCCCGCACCACAAUUCCCUGUUUGUUGAGGUUGACACAGAACACUCUGGAAAGGGGCUCUUGAGUCCUUGGGGGGGGAGGGUUUGAAACACACACUCUUGGGUCACACACAAACAUUGCAGCUCUGCAGUGUUCGCUUAGCACACAGUAGCUCCCAGGUGGCCUGUGUUCACCUUACUUGUACCAUGAGCCCUUUGUCCAGGGUUCCUACAGUAGCUACUCCCUCUGGAGUUUGGUGUUUGUUCCCGGGACGAUGGGCUUCACCUGGAAUAAAUUCUUUUACUGCACACGCUAGAUAAUCUGGUCCCCUCGUCCUGGUCUCUCUCUCUUGGCUGUUUCCUUAUAUGAGCGGAGCCUCGAGCACACAGAGAACUGGCCUCUUGCCCUGGAGCUCAGGAGAAUCCACGCAAAGCAAACCCUGUGCCCCUGCUGAGUGACCCCCGCCUGGCCUCGCUGUGCUCUUUCCCGGAAGGCUCUGCGUUGCGUCGGCGUCGAACCCGCAGGACGAUCUGAGCACUUUCAGUCCGACCACAACGUGACCCCGGGUGGAAGAAAACCACCUGCCAGGUGCCAACUGACGCGUCCUCGUGGUCCUUUGUCUGUCCAGAGUGCGCUGUGAACCUCAGGGCAUUCUGGGAAACGAGGCCUUUAUGCCCCCUUUCCUCACAGUGUCCCCACAUGGACGAGUCCACAUGCUGCUUGUCCUCACAGCACUGCUCAGGGCAGCCGGGGGGGGCUGACCGACCGUGGUGAGAAAGGUGUGCGAUUACAUCAUCAUGGAAUUAUUGUCCUUCUUUGGUGCAGUGCAAUUCAUCUGGCUUUCAUUUUAUUGCUAUUUUUAAAAUGUUCAAAUUCUUGAAGACAGUGUGUGGACUUAUGUCUUCGGAAUCCCUUGGAUGGUGGGGGCUGAGCAAACAUGCGCCUUCAGGAGGUUGUGUGUUUGAAUCCUGUGUCCACGUGGACCUUUCGCGUGAGGACUUGCAGUACCUACAUUUAACCACAAGGUCCUGCGAGAGUGCUGUGGUCCCUCCGUAGCUUGUGGGGUUGAAGCCAGACAGUGAUGGGUUCCAUCUCCUCUGCGGAGCUUCUGGUGGUUGUGUGUGUGAGACGAGGACUGUGGUCUCCUUCCUCUUUCCCCACUUCCUCAACAUGCAGCGUAGCCAUUUUCUCCUUUCUCUGAGUCUUCCUGACACGUCGCUGAACACACACAGGCACAGCGGCUGAAAUGACUCAGUGGUACAAGAGCAGCUCCCCGAAUGUCCAGCACAUUGGCCACACUGACCCCUAACUACUGACCGCUUUCUAACAGCGAACACUGCACUCUGGUGCGUUCACCUGGUGGGCGACUUUCCCAGAAUUCCUCUGCUUUCUUUGGGCUGUUUGGCUGUGCGGACAGAGUAAUAUCCUUCAUUUCCCCUCGAGUAAACAUGGUAAGACAGCAAGAGAGCCGAGCGUCUCUGCAGGAAAUGAAUCCAAUUGUGUUAGAUCCUUGAUGAAAGCCUUGGGGUGGAGGUGUGUGUUUCAGAGCGCUCCUGCUGUCUCCUGUUUGCAGGGGGUCUCCCUCACCGCAGCCUGAACCCUGAGCCUCCUGUGUGCUAGGGCUCCUCUUCUUCACCUCGCAUCUCAGGAGGACAUUACCAUGUUAUUACUGUGCAGCCCAGGGGGCCGGGGGCAGUUUACUACGGUAGCAGCAGGGAUUAUGGCCUUAUUGUCCAAUUGUAUCCCCACGGUGCAUUUUGGUGGGACUCAUACUGGUCCCGUGUAGCUGGGACCUGCACCCAGAGGCAGAGGGCAUGACCUAGAGGAGCACGAGCCAGAGAAGAUCACAUCCCUGAGGGGUCACAUCUCCGAGGUUGUGAGAACAUCCUGUCCGAACAGUCAGCGACCACUCGUGUGCGGUCAUCUUGAUGAGGCAAUUAAUAGCAGAGAUGUACUGAUCAGAGUGAAGGAACUGCCCGAUCACCACCUCCCUACAGAAAGUGCAAGAAGAGAGGAGCCUGGAGUGCGUGUGCAUGUAACUUCCCUUCCUUCACUUACUCUUUUCAGGUGACACUUUGCCUUCAUGCUCUUCUGGUUCAGGGACAUUGAAACCAGCAGCUCCUACAUUUAUAUUUAUUUACUUGACACUUCUCUUGAAAACACCUUACAUUGUUGGUGAACUUACACUGAUUUACCCACUUAUACAGCAAGGUAUCAGUGCUUUGCUUCCUCACGGAGAAGGAACGAGUUGAAUGACAGCUCACAUUCUAGUGACCACGACCUCAGGUCCAGUGGAGUCCCAUACACCCUGCAGCCCUCAGCGCUGCGUGUGCAUUUUCAACACCGUGCCGAUGAAUUUACUCAUCGGUGUAUUCAGUCACGCCACAUGGGAAGUAAUAAUGAUUAAUAAUCUUUCAAAUCCUGGGAUAUGGGGCCUCCGGCGGAGGCAGGGCUGCUCGACAGCGGUCACAGUGCGUAUAUAGAGGCGCUUUCGUCAGGCAUGAUCCUGACGAUUUGCGUGACCGACCGAGAGCGCUGGCUUCGGCGGGAGGAGAGCAGGGCAUCUUGUGGCUGGUGAGUGCUUCUCUGCUGAGCCCUGGAGUGAACUGACCACCUCUCUACCAUGAAGAAAAAUACUUUUAACGUUCACCUGUCCGUCAAUUUCUCACACUUGCUUUGCGCAGUGAAAUCACCCCGUUGGCACCGUUACUUCUUAUGGAAAAUUAUUGGUUUCGAUACGAAAACCACGAUUUCUAACUUUGCUUUUAACAUGAUGUUUCCCCUCGUCAGUUUCUUUCUCUUCCUUUGCAGCCUUGCUGAAAUCCUGUGCUCUUACACUUUCUUUUCAGCAUCUCCAGGAGACAUUUUCAUUAUGUGGCUCAUGGAUGUUUACGAGCCAUGAGGAAUAGAGUUUGCCGUUCGAGGCACCGUGCGGCGUUACUCACACGCUCCAGUGACCGACGCUGGACGAUCCUCCUCUGCCCGUGAAAUUGAGGGAUUCUUUACAUUGUUGCUCCUGCUUCCAGGACAACAUUCACGCUUACAGACCAGCUUUGAUAGAAACUGCCGUACAAUAAGUACCAGUUAUGCAAGUAAAACGAAUGCAAAAUGGACAAAAAUGCCUUAGUGCUGACGGUAAGUGCGCAGCGUGACAAAGGACGAACGCUUUCCAAAGCAGCUGGUGCAGCUUUUCAUUUUGUUACCUGAAGGACGAGUAAAUCGAGACCCGACGUCAGGGUAAGGUGCCGCAGCUCCUGUUCGGCGCACAGCUUGAUCGCUGCGAACGAAGGAGCUACCGCACAGGGCUCAGCUCCGUACCCACGGCCCCGGGGCAGCGAGCGCCCGCACGGCUCAUGGUAUCUUUCCCCACCUAAACCGUCACCGUCCUC